CCAGAAAGGUCAUCCAUUCCUGCUGUAUUAUUAUGUUUUAUGGAUUUGAAUAAUUUUUUUAGAUCUUGUUCUAAGACUGGUUCAAAUUGCUCCAGCUUUGGUUGUAGGCUGUUCUGAAAGUUGUUGGUUGGGGUGUUUAAGAGUUUUGUAGGUCCGGUUGUUUUUCCUAUGUUGAUAAAAAAAUCAUUGAAAGAGUCGGCAAUGUCUUUUGGGUCGGUUAUAAUUAUGUCGUUUAGUUUUAGGCUUAUGUUCUUGAGAUCUGAGGUCUUUAUUUUAUUUCUUUCCUCGUUAAUAAUUUUCCAGGAUUCUUUGGAUUUGUUUGAUGCGUUGGAUAUCUUGCAUAGUAUUAACAUGGCUACAGACAAGGUAACUUUAACGGACGCAUUGUCCAAUGUGGACGUACUGGAUGAGCUGACACUCCCAGACGAACAACCAUGCAUCGAGGCUCAGCCUUGCUCUGUGGUCUACAUCGCUAACUUUGACACCAACUUUGAGGACAGAAAUGGAUUCGUCACUGGUAUAGCCAAGUACAUUGAGGAAGCCACUGUGCAUGCUAGUUUGAACGAGUUGCUAGAGGAAGGCCUCAUCCAUGCUGUUAUGUUGUAUACUUGGAGGUGUUGCUCACGUGCCAUCCCUCAGCCCAAGUCCAACGAGCAGCCAAACCGUGUGGAAAUAUACGAGAAAACAGUGGAAGUCUUAGCUCCUGAAGUCAACAAGUUGUUAAACUUUAUGUAUUUUCAGCGCAAGGCCAUAGAACGGUUCUCUGCAGAGGUCAAGCGUUUGUGCCACACUGAGAAGCGUAAGGACUUUAUAUCGGAGGCUUAUUUGCUCACUCUGGGCAAGUUCAUCAACAUGUUUGCUGUUCUUGAUGAGCUCAAAAACAUGAAGUCUAGCGUCAAGAAUGAUUAUUCAACGUAUAGAAGGGCAGCUCAGUUCCUAAAGGUGAUGGCCGACUCACACACUCUUCAGGAGUCUCAGAACUUGUCAAUGUUCCUGGCCACUCAGAACAAGAUCCGGGACACAGUGAAGGAGAACCUGGAGAAGAUUCCGGGAUAUGAGGACCUCCUGUCGGACGUCGUUAACUUGGCUGUACACAUGUUUGAGAGCAAGAUGUAUCUCACACCAACAGAAAAACACAUGCUUGUUAAGGUCAUGGGGUUUGGAUUGUUCCUGAUGGACAAUGAUCUUUGCAAUAUCAACAAGUUGGACCAGAAAAAGAAGCUUAAUCUAUGCAAAAUUGACCGCAUUUUCAAGAACCUAGAAGUGGUCCCGUUGUUUGGUGACAUGCAGAUUGCACCUUUCAACUACAUAAAGCGCAGCAAACAUUUUGACCCCAGCAAGUGGCCUCUCAGCAGUUCCACUAAUAUCAGUCCACAAGCUGACCUGAUGAUUCACCUGCCUCGGAUACGUGAGGACCACGUCAAGUACAUCAGUGAGCUAGCUCGCUACAGCAAUGAGGUGACAACCACGUACAAAGAGACGAGGACAGAUGCUGAGAACAAGGAUACAUCAGACCUAGCAUUGCGAGGACUGCAACUACUCUCGGAGUGGAGUAGUGUGGUGACGGAGCUGUACUCCUGGAAACUGCUGCACCCCACAGACCAUCACCAGAACAACGAGUGUCCUCAGGAGGCUGAGGAAUAUGAACGGGCUACAAGAUACAACUACACGGAGGAAGAAAAGUUUGCUUUGAUUGAAGUGAUCGCCAUGAUCAAGGGACUGCAGGUGUUGAUGGCUCGUAUGGAGACAGUGUUCACAGACGCAAUACGACGCAACAUCUACGCAGAGCUGCAGGACUUUAUACAACUCAGUCUGCGCGACCCUCUGCGCAAGGCUAUCAAGAACAAGAAAGAUCUCAUCCGAAGUAUAAUCAUGUCAGUGCGAGAGACGUGUGCGGACUGGCAGCGAGGUGUUGAGCCCUCCGCAGACCCUGCCCUCCGAGGCAAGAAGGAUCCUGACACAGGCUUCGGCAUCAAGGUUCCUCGUAGAAAUGUUGGUCCGUCGUCCACACAGCUGUACAUGGUGAGGACUAUGCUAGAGUCUCUCAUAGCUGACAAGUCUGGUGGUAAACGCACCCUGAGGAAGGACAUUGACGGACAGUAUCUCAUGCAGAUUGACCAGUUCCACAAAAACUCCUUCAACUGGAACUAUCUGCUCAAAUUUGGAGAAUCACUUCAAGAGUGCUGUGAUCUGUCACAACUGUGGUAUCGAGAGUUCUACCUUGAGAUGACCAUGGGGCGCAGAAUACAGAAAUGUACCGUGCGUCACCAACAUAACGAAGAAUGCAGUGAUCUUAUAACCAUGGAAAAGAGAAUCCAGUUCCCUAUAGAGAUGUCGAUGCCUUGGAUCCUGACAGAUCACAUCCUCCGCACCAAGGAGCCUUCCAUGAUGGAGUAUGUACUGUACCCACUAGACCUGUACAAUGACAGCGCUCACUACGCUCUCACAGUGUUCCGCAAACAGUUCCUGUAUGACGAGGUCGAGGCAGAGGUCAACUUGUGCUUUGAUCAGUUUGUCUACAAGCUGAGUGAGCAGAUCUUUGCACACUACAAGCAGCUGGCCUCCAGCAUGCUUUUGGACAAGAGGUUCCGCGUAGAGUGUCUGGCGAUGGGCACGUACAUGCUGCCGUACCCUCGGGCUAACCGCUACGAGACUCUGCUGAAGCAGCGACACGUGCAGUUGUUGGGCCGUUCCAUCGACCUCAACAAGCUCAUCACUCAGCGCAUCAACGCUGACAUGCAGAAGUCUCUGGACCUCGCCAUCAGCAAGUUUGAGGCUGGAGACAUUACUGGCGUUGUGGAGCUAGAAGGCCUGAUGCAGGUAAAUCGCUUGUGCCACAAGCUACUCAGCAAGUUCCUCGCUUUAGAUGAGUACGAUGCAAUGUUCCGUGAGGCCAAUCACAACGUAUUGGCUCCCUACGGAAGAAUCACACUGCACGUCUUCUGGGAACUCAACUACGACUUUUUGCCAAACUAUUGCUACAAUGCUGCCACCAACAGAUUUGUCAAGUGCCGAGGUAUCAUGUUUACCCAGCCUGUACACAGAGACAAGCCCCCACAGAUGGGCCACCACUACUUGUGGGGUAGCAAGCAUCACAACCUGGCCUAUACUACUAUAUUCGGCCAGUACGCAGGUUUCGUGGGUCCCUACCACUUCCGCACCAUGUGUCACCUGCUGGGCUACCAAGGCAUUGCAGUAGUCAUGGAAGAGCUGCUCAAGAUAGUCAAGUCCUUGAUACAAGGCAACUUGCUGCAGUUCACCAAGACUCUGAUGGAGGCCAUGCCAAAGUUCUGCAAACUUCCCAGAUACGACUAUGGCUCACCAGGUGUUCUGGGCUAUUACCACGCUCAGUUGAACGACAUCGUGCAAUACCCUGACGCCAAGACAGAACUGUUCCACAACUUCAGAGAGCUUGGCAACACUAUCCUGUUCUGUUUGUUGAUGGAGCAAGCCCUCAGUCAAGAGGAGGUGUGUGACUUGCUACAUGCUGCUCCCUUCCAGAACAUCCUACCCAGGCCUUACUGCAAGGAUGGAGAGAAGCCUGAGAGCAAACAAAAGCGGAUGGAACAGAAGUACGGAGCCUUGCAGAUUGUACCUAACAUUGAGAGGCUUGGCACUGCAAAGCAAUCAAUGAUUGCCCGGGAAGGUGACCUGUUGACCAGAGAGCGACUGUGUUGUGGUCUCAGUAUCUUCGAGGUGGUGUUGUCCCGACUACGGGGCUUCCUAGACGACCCCAUCUGGGUGGGGCCGCCCCCCACCAACGGUGUCAUGAACAUAGACGAGUGCACAGAGUUCCACAGACUAUGGUCCGCACUGCAGUUUGUCUACUGCAUCCCUGUAGGAGACACAGAGUUCACCGUUGAAGAGUUGUUUGGCGAAGGCCUCAACUGGGCAGGCUGUACCAUGAUAGUGUUAUUGGGACAACAAAGGCGCUUUGAGGCCCUUGACUUCUGCUAUCACAUCCUGCGUGUGCAGAGAGUCGACUGCAAGGAUGAGAUCGUCAAAGGCAUUAACCUGAAACGGAUGGUAGACAGAGUGCGAAGGUUCCAAGUACUCAACUCUCAGAUCUUCGCUACACUCAACAAGUACCUCAAGUCCAGUGACACGGAGGCCAUGAGCGUAGAGCAUGUGCGAUGUUUCCCCCCUCCACUGCACCCCUCUCUAGCUGCUCACGCUCACUACUACAGGCCAGAGCAUCUACACCAGAUCAUACAGAACUGAUUGAGGUCUGCCCCAGGGGCUCGGGGCAACACCAACGUUUGAACUGACUCAGUUGUGGGGAACAGAUAGUAUCAGCUGCACCACUCAUAGGCUAUUUGUCUUAUGAAGUACAGAUAAGUCCUACAAACUCGGUGUAAUGUUGAUCAAAAGGGUGAGUUAUCGGGAUUUGUGGUUUUAAAUUCAAACUCAGAUAUAAUACAGUGAUUUUUUUUCAAAAAUAUAGAAAAUACAUGAAAAUUUUAUAUAAAACGCCAACCUAUCUUGUCAGUCUCCAGUCUUAGUAGUCGGCAAAAGACUACUUUUAGGUCGUAUAACCCAGUAUCAAAUCCAAAGUAAAAAGUUGUAAGAGUUAUUCUUCAGCAACUUGCAGUUGUAACACACACUAAGAUGGUGGUUCAGCCUUACUAUCGGUUCUUGAUGACGGAAGAAUUGCCAGUGCAAAUAGGCUACAAUCAGUGCAAAUACCGUGACAUGUGCAAAGCUGACAUUUUGGAUGAUAUUUUCAUAGUAGGAUAAAACCGUUUUACUGGACAAGUGGCAUGUAAAAUUAUAAAGCUUAAUCAUAAGGAAAACUUGUCAAUUUAGUAGAUUUUUAUAAAUGCAGCAAUUAAAGCUCUGCUUUUGUCUUACAUUAGGAUGUUUAUAGCUACUUUGAGAAUGUCAUUUAAUGAAGUCAAUCAAUUCAUUUUUAACAUAUUCAAUGCUUAAACCACAGAUUUGUGAUCGAUUAUUAACUGCAUUGUUGGCCCUAUAAAAAACAUUAUUGUUAAUUUCAAAUAUUGUAUUGUCCAUGUUUGUUUAUUAGUUUACUGAUUUUGGUGUCAAAGAUGUUUUUGUUCCCGGUAUAUUAAAUUUUCUUAUUGGAUUAGAUUCACCGAAAUUCCCACCGAUUGAGUGUUACCAGAUUAAAUACUAUCUUGAGGGUGUUUUAGUUAAAAUUAAGUAAUGCACACGAUUAUUAAGAUUAUAUUAUUAUACUCACAAAUGAUGUAGAUAUAA